AUGAUCGGAGAUGAAGAUAUGGCGCCUCUAGCUUUCGACUUUCGGAAAUUGAACAAAAGGUCCAUUUUUGUACGAAAAACAGACUCCUCGGGCCUCGACUCGGUGCUUCCUCUCGAUAACCCUCAGAAAUUCAAAAAUGGGACUUCGUAUAUCGAAGACGCCUUUUCAAUAGAAGCUGUUACGGAUAUAAAGAUACCUCCCGAUGAUAUUGGAGGGAAACGCGCUUUACGGGCAUACGGAACUGAAAGUCAGACGCCGUAUGCAAGCUGCUCCGAGCUUGUUGAUUUCAUAUCAAAUUCUCUGGAAGAGCGGUCCUACCAGGGCAAACGGCUACGGACCGGACUUGUCAUCCGAGACUUUGAAGACCAUCCGAGCGGAAUCAAAUUCACUUUCUUGGCAAUGCCAUACUUUCUGCUACAGCGGUUGCAGCAGAGAGGGGUAUCUUCAAGCUCAAAAUCUCAUUGGGUUCAGCCCUUGGUUCAAUCAGCCUAUCAUCUUGAUUCAUCUGUGGCCCGAGAAGACCAACAAGCCAUCCGGAAUUUGUAUGAUGGUAACAUCCAUGAAGCCCUUCAUGUUCCACGGCUUUGGAUAUUGACCAUGGGUCAUAAAUUCAUAGCAACAUGCUCACCAACAGCCCUCUAUAAUGCCAAAACAUCGUACAUUACUACAUCAAUGAUUGGAAAGGCGGCUUCUCCCUCCAUGAUCAGAUUGAUCUGGGGUUCAGGAUUUUUCUUCUGUCUCAGCCGCACUAAAUGCGAAGUGUGGUUUAAAUUCAUACACCAAGUUUCAUACACACUUUCUGAAGCUUUCAAUGGCUCGAUUUCAGUUGGUAACCUCGUAUACAGACUUCAAAGUGAUGGCAGUCGCAUUGAGGGGCACAACUGGGAGUCGGUAUUACAAUCCCAUCCGGGUGAUGAGCCAUUGUGCAUCUUAGUUCAACCCGAGGAUCCUGAAUCAUUGGAGCUAGCUCCGCUUGCCAUUGCGCUGGAAGGGGAUUAUUCAGGGGAAUUUUCGGACAACUUCGAAGGAACAAGACUUAAUGUGAAAAUUUUGAGUUCACAGACAAUGGAUGCGUAUGGAUUACCCUUCCAAUGGGGUCCCUUCCGGUCGGGGGCGGGCAAGGAUCUCAUCAUUCCCUACAAGCUCACGGACCUUGACCAAAAGAUUCUCUGUGACCAUACAAGGCGUUUCCGCGCCAAGGAAACCAGAUUCAAUGCUUCGCGUGUGGUGCCUUACAAUGAUGAAAGCCCGCACUACGUUCCCCCCGAACAGGUACUUGAAGCGGUAGAAUGUGCGGUUGAGGUUGAAAGCGCCCACACACAUCAUUCGGAAUUCCACGUUGCGAAAGAAGAAGUCGAUGGUCAACCCUCAGCAGGGAGAACUACCCAGCCCAUCCUCAGAUGGCCAAUCAAACAAGAGAUUUGCAAUGCAAACCCCAUGAAAGAUGUACUCAACCGUCGGGAUUUAAAGCCGAGUACGGCACGGAAAAGCCUCGGUCAACCAGAAAGAACUUCAGUGCAUGGCCUGGCGUCUUCACAUCAGAUGAAAGCUUUGGCGGCCCACAUGCAUUAUGAACUUCUCUUUGUACCUUCUCGUAAGAUUGCCAAAUUCUACAAUGACUUAUGCCAGAAGACAAAAGCAGACAUUGAGACUGAGCUCGUUGGGCUCUUGAACAAUCAUCACGUCAACACGCAUAUUUUCAAGCUUGCUUCAUCAUUUUUUCAUCAUGUCAGUGGGAUUGUAGGGUGUUUCAUUGACGAAGACUACGAUUGCCUGGUCAAGCGAAAGCUUUGUGCUGCAAUUCUUCUCGUUGUUCAUUCAUUUCGAAUCCCUUUUUCCGACCCACUUUUCUCAUUUCAUUACGAUAUUCUCUCUUUGCCGCUGCUUAAAGUCAAAAAUAUGAUACAGGCGCUACAAAAUGGAAUCCCCAGUACCGAGUGCCGCUAUAUUACACGUUCCAUGGCGAGCGCAUUUUCCCGGAUCUUGGUACUUGUUAUCCAGAUAUCAUCGCAGGCAUCUAAGCUUACGGAAGCAUAUGAGCACUCCAAGACAUCCAAGUGCCACAAUUCUCACAUUGGCACUUCAUCGUCCUCAAAAUUGAAAGGCAGCAAAUUGGCACCCGACGAAACAGAUAACAUGAGCGAUGCUGCAUCAUCUGAUGAAGAAAUAAACUUGACAAAAACCACAGCAGCACCAAAGAAUACAGCAGGACCUGAUUUCCAAGAAGCCGAUUUCUUGAAUGACGUCAAGAUUAGUAUAAAUCGGAUCUUGUCAGAUCUCCAUCAAGCGCAGCACGAAUGCGGCGCAAUACUUUGUUCGGAGGACGGCAUUGAGCAGGGCUACGGCAUCAUAGACUCUGGACAAAUAAUUGCUCUUGUCAUGAAAUCUAUCAUCCAGGGGCAUUCAACCAGCAACCAAAUGCGUACAUUGGAUGUGGUGGACAUAUACGCAACACGCACAACCCAGCUACAACUUGAAGCCCGAAAUAAACCGAGGAAAAGUUUGCUGAUAGAGAUGAACCUCCUGAAAGAGGAACUCGUUAUCAUCACUGAUAACAUCCGCGACCAACUCGGCUUGAUGGACGUCCUGCUUGGAAAUGAAUCGGUUGGAAACGGGUCGGUUGGAUAUGAUUCAAUCAAAUAUGAUUCAGAUGGAAGUGAGUCGGACGACGAUAGCCAUUACUUCGGUAAUCAGAGUCUUUUCCAUUCAUUGUAUGCUGUCAAUCAAGGGAAGCAUUCAGUGGUCGACAAAGCAAUUUCCAAAAUUCUCAACAAUAUGCAAACUGAUCUUCAAGACAAGGUGGCAUUAUGUGAUGAGUUGACUCAGCGCGUUGCACUUUUGGAACGACAGGUUGUUCAACGUGUUGACAUUAUGCAAGAAGACCAUGGCAAAGCCAUUCUCAUCUUCACUAUCGUCUCGGCAAUAUUCCUUCCUCUUUCCUUUGUGACCAGCUAUUUGGGCAUGAACACAUCAGAUAUUCGGGACAUGGAGUUGAGCCAGGCAUUGUUUUGGCAGGUGGCCAUGCCUUUCACUGUGGUGAUAGUCUCUCUUGUUCUCAUAGGGACAUACAACGCUGACCGUAUCGUGGGGUGGUUGUCCCGGGGGUCAAGACUUCCAUAA